CCAACAAUCCUAACCUGCACAACCUGCACCACCCAACUCGGCCUCCCCGACCCCAUCGCCAACGGCUACCGACUCUUCAAAACCAGUCUGUCCGCCAACACCACCUCAUCCUCCGAAGACAACAACCCCCCAGAGGAGACCUGGGAAUCCCACCCCCCGGAAACAAUCCUCACCGCACAACUCCUCGAACUCAUUGAACGUGAAAGCUACCGCAGAUUCGUCAUCCACUGUGGAGCUAAAGAUGGACUACUCAUAUGGCCCUUCAACCCCUCCCUCCGCUACUCCACGACCAGCGCAUCCCACAGCACCGCUGCACAACUCGCAAUGAAGGUCUUUUACCAGCAUGUUGAUAAUGUCGAGGAGAUCUUGCAUCCGGAGGUGGGGAAAGGAAACCAGUCGUUGGCGAUUGAGGAGUUACUGAUUCAUCCACCACCGUCAUCAACAAUGCCACCAACAACAUCCCAAUCCCAAUCACACCACCCUCCCCGCUCAUUCUCCACCAGCUCCGACGAAAACAACACCGUUACAUGGGAACACCUCGAACAUGUCCCUCCUCCAUCUCAUUCAACUAAUCCUACAACUACUACUCCCGCUACUACUCACAACAAAAAUAACCUGUCUACUGCAGACAAUCAUCCCGAAAGGAUUCUCGAUCCUGAAACGCAUCCCGAGUCAGAGGCGUUUCAUAUGGACGAUGUGAUGGGUGCGGGUGAGGGAACGGGGACGGGGACGGGGACUUGUAUGGCACCGGCUAUUAGGAUUCAUCCGCCUGGGGAUGCUGUAUCUGCGUCUACCAAAUCUGCUGCUUUCUCUGGGUAG